AUGAGCAUAACAUAUGAUCCCGCCGAUAUUGAAUCUGUAAAAGAACAGUUACUUAUUCACGAUGACGCUAAUCAUCAUGAUGAACUACAAAAUCCAGAAAAAUCCAUAGCAUCUUACAUAAUACCAAAAGACUCAUCAUUAUUAGAAAUCUCAUCAGUAGAAUCUAAAACUAAAACAACAGUGUUAUCAACGAAGGAUCAUGAACUACGAGGGAUUAUUACGCGAGAAGACAAAAGCUAUCAUGAGUGCUGUCGAGUGUGGAAUUUAUAUACAUCUAGAGCUCUCAAUCCAUUCGCCAUAAUAUACUGUAGCAACACUGUGGACGUUCAACAUGCACUUACCUACGUUCGACUCAACCACAGGCCAUUUACGAUCCGUUGUGGUGGUCAUUCAUUAAUGUCAUUUUGCCUGCCAGAAACAAACGAAGGCUGUGUUAUUGAUGUUGCUAACAUCAAUCAUAAAAUGAUCCUUAACAAUGGUAGGGUCAGUUUUGGACCAGGUAACCGAUUGAUCGAAGUAUAUAAGGAACUGUAUGAUCAUGGUUACAUGUUUCCGGCAGGAUCUUGUCCUACUGUUGCGAUUGGUGGUUUAACGCUGGGCGGUGGUAUUGGAUUUUUGUCCAGAAAAUAUGGAUUGACGUGUGAUCUGUUAUAUGAAUUAGAAAUUGUACUAGCAGACGGAUCCGUGAUCACGUCGAACGAUAGUAAUGAAUACAGUGAUCUUUUUUGGGCUCAUAAGGGUGCCGGGAUGGGGAGUUUUGGCGUAAUCACAUCAUUGACUUUUAAUGUUCCCAAACUGCUCAGCAAGCUUAUUGUAUUCAAAAUUGAGUGGAGAAACGGAUAUCAAAGUUUUCAUGAAGUGUGUGAUUUCUGGCAGAAAACUAUGCCGAAUGCUGUUGAUGACAUAAGUUUAGAGUUGAUUCUAACCGGUAGUUCCGUCCUUGUAACGGGAGUGUUUCUGGGCAUUAUGGAUGAAUUACUGAAACUAUUGAAACCUAUGACCAAUAUUGGAGUUAAUGAUCUUAGCAUGCAAGAGGGAACCUUCAUGGACGCUGUGCUUUAUUUUGCACCAGCAAACAGCAUUGAGGAAGCCAUGAGCGAGAUUGGCAAGCCGUCCGACGUUACUAUGAGGUGCAAGUCGUUUGUUACUAAAAAACUGUUUUCAGAACAAGCCAUGGGUGUAAUAAUUAAGUUUAUGGUUGAUGAAUAUCCUAAGUGCGCUAGAAAUGCACGUCUGCAACUAUUUGCGUAUGGUGGAGCGAUUCGCAAGAUCCACCCCUGUGAUACGGCAUUUCAUCAUCGGCAAGCUCUAUUUAGCGGACAGUUUCUGAUUUGGUGGCUCGGGCAAGAGCAUGAGGAACAAUGCUUAAGUUGGAUUAAGCACUUUCAUGAUGAGAUGAGGCCUCACGUGGGUCCUUAUGCGUACGCUAAUUAUGGUGAUAGUGAUUUAAUUAGUUACGGACAGGCAUACUACGGGGAUAAUUGGCCUAGAUUGGCUGAGAUCAAGAGACAACAUGACCCAGAAAACUUCUUCGAUUUCAAACAAAGCGUGAAAAUAGUAGUGUAG